AUGCCCGGCGUCAUUGCCGAGAGCCAACCUGCAGCAAAUGUGAAGGCGCGCAAGCCAACCAAGAAUGAGCAGCGUCGUGCCAAGAAGAAGCAGCUGAAGCAGCGCGAGGUAUCUGCUGCCAUAUCUAGAACCCGCGAUCGGGGAUUGACGGAUUUGCAGACAUCUGUUGCGCCUUCAGAGACAGAAACCCUCGGCCGCUCGGAAACCACAGAAGUCGCGCAGCCAGCAGAGCCAGCACCCAGCGAUCCGAUCCAAGAUGUUCCGGCCGUUUCAAUACCAGACGAUCUGUCACCAGAUGAUCCGCUCUACUCUCAAUUCACAGACAUCUUCGCCAAGUUCCAGGAAGAGGAGAAGCAAGAAGCUGCGCUAACGGCGCCUGAGAAGCCUGAGGUAUUCUACGAUGACGAUGACAACAUUCAAGAUGAAGAUGAGGAAGAGGAGACGAAGAAGCGAUUGUCAAAGAAGGCUCGCAAAGCUGCCAACAAGCUCAGCAUCGCAGAAUUGAAAGCCAUUGUGCGAAAGCCGGAGAUUGUGGAGUGGACCGACACGUCCGCGCAGGAUCCGCGAUUAUUGGUCAACAUUAAGAGCGCGCGAAAUGUGGUCCCUGUUCCAACUCACUGGAGUCUGAAGCGCGAAUAUUUGAGCAGCAAGCGCGGUAUCGAGAAGCCCGGAUUUGCUUUACCUAAGUUUAUCGCAGAGACAGGCAUUGCAGAAAUGCGUGACGCGGUCUUGGAAAAGCAGGCGGAAGCAAGCUUGAAGCAGAGACAGCGUGAGAGGGUGCAGGGAAAGACUGGCAAGCUAGAUAUCGACUACCAAAAACUCUACGAGGCGUUCUUCCGACGACAAACGAAGCCGACGUUGACGAGAUACGGCGAAGUCUACUAUGAAGGAAAGGAAUUCGAGACGAACCUGCGGCAUCUUCGACCCGGAGAACUUAGUGAGGAACUCAAGGAAGCUUUGAACAUGCCCCCAGGUGCGCCUCCUCCAUGGCUCAUUAACCAGCAGAAAGUCGGCCCUCCGCCUUCUUAUCCCGCCCUGAAGAUUCCUGGGCUCAAUGCGCCGCCUCCACCUGGAGCACAGUGGGGUUUCCAUCCUGGUGGAUAUGGUAAGCCACCGGUCGACGAUCAAAAUCGACCGCUCUUUGGCGGAGAUGUCUUCGGACUGGCAGACUUGAAAGACGAUUCAAAUCAGAAAGACGCAGGAGUAGAGGUGGUAGACAAGAGCUUGUGGGGCGAGCUGCAGCCACCACAGGAUGAGUCUGACGAGGAGGAGGAGGAUGAAGACGAAGAAGAUGACGAGGAAGAAGAUGACGAGUCUGGCAGGAGGACUGGUCUAGAGACUCCUUACGGCGGUACCGAAACUCCUGGAGGAAUCAUGAGUACAAUACCGACCGACUUUCCAGGAGGACGUGGUAUGCCUGACGACGUCAACUUACGAAAGCAGCGAUACGGUACCGAAACGGAGGCAUCGAAUCAGCCUCGAAGCGCAGGAACUGUGCUCAAUGAGCGCAACAUCCGGGCUGAGGGAUUCUUUGGCGGCGAGCGCGCAUACGAUCUCAGCGGUAACAGCAAGGUGCCUGUGCUUGGCCAGGAAGAUGGUAGCAGGAAGAGGAAAGCGGGCGAUGUCGAUGUAUCUAUGGACGUGGAGGCUUUGGUACGAGACGGAAAGAUGAGUAAAGAGGACCUGCAGAGAGUGUAUGAACGGCAGAGAGCAGCAGAGAAUCGGGGCUUCCAAGGAUCAGGCGUUGACCAGGAGGAUCUGAGUGGUAUGGUGGCAGAGGAGAGUGCUAAGCGGCAAAAGAGGGACAGAGAGCGGGCACUGAGAGGGAGACGGUGAUGUGAAUGAGCGGCGGAGAAGAGAAAGGGCAGAGGGCAGUGUAUAGAGAUGGCUAGGAGCAGAUUCCCAGUAUGCCGUGCCGUGU